UCUCUGAGUUGUGCGCGACUAAAAAUGGGUGAUGUUGAGAAGGGCAAGAAGAUUUUUGUUCAGAAGUGUGCCCAGUGCCAUACUGUGGAAAAGGGAGGCAAGCACAAGACUGGGCCAAAUCUCCAUGGUCUCUUUGGGCGAAAGACAGGUCAGGCCCCUGGAUUCUUACAGGGAUGCAACAAGAACAAAGGUAUCACCUGGGGAGAGGCUACACUGAUGGAGUAUUUGGAGAAUCCCAAGAAGUACAUCCCUGGAACGAAAAUGCUCUUUGCUGGCAUUGAGAAGAGUGCAGAAAGGGCAGACUUGAUAGCUUAUCUCAAAAAACUACUCAUGAGUAAUAGUUGGCCACUGCCUUAUUUAUUACAAAUGUCUCAUGACUUUUUUUAUGUGUACCAUAUUUAAAGCGAUCUCAUACACCAGAAUUCAGAUCAUGAAUGGCUAAUAGAGCAUUUCUUUCGGGCAGUCCUGAUU